AUGGGUAUCUACUGAGAUGGCACCUCUGUUGGCUUUGCAUUUUUAGGUGGCUUCCUAAUAUCGAUUUCUACAAUAAUCAACUUAUUUGCUAUGGGAAGAAUCACCGGCCUUAGUGGAAUUCUUUUUACUAUUUCAACAUGGAAUAAGAAAGAAGGCUUGAUAUGAAAAAUCAGCUUUAUGAUAGGGUUAAUAGGAAUUAUAAUGAUGUUUAGACUGGGAACUGACAAAGAAGUUAGUGGCCAAAAGGUUUUCGAUGGCGAAGACGCUGGUGACGAUUUAGACGCAGCUGGAUGAAUUCUUGGUGGACUAUUUAUAGGAGUUGGAACAAAAUGGGGAAACGGCUGCACGAGUGGGCACGCUGUAUGUGGAGUUCCUAGACUAGCCCCUAGAUCUAUUAUAGCUACUUGCAUAUUUUUGUCUUUUGGACUUGCAACAGCUACUUUAAGACAUUAUAAGCCAUUCUUAAAUGAUACACUCGAUGUAAGUACUGGUACUUAUGAUACUUAUAGACUUGUAAGCGGGUGGAUUUAUUUAGCAGCUUUUAUUGGAUUUUUAGUGCUUGCUGCUAUUACUGCUUUAUCAGCAGCGACUACCAAAAUAAAGAAAUUAGACUUAUGAAUUUCAUGCCUUACAGGGGCUAUAUUUGGCUUAGGAUUAUUAUUGUCUGGAAUGUGCAGAAGGACAAAAAUCUUAGCGUUUUUAACACUAGCUGAUGGAUGGGACCCAAGCUUAAUCUUUGUUAUGGCAUCCGCUGUAGGAGUCAAUUUAUUUGCAUUUAAUUGGAUAUUAAAACAGCAAAAACCUAUAUGCAGCGAGAAAUUCAACGUAACGACAAAUAGGGAAAUAGAUUAUGGAAUUAUUAUUGGGCCUGCACUGUUUGGAAUAGGCUGGGGACUUACAGGGUUUUGUCCAGGCCCUGCCAUGGCUAAUUUAGUUCUUUUACCUCAAGCAGCAUUAGAGCUUUUAUUUAUUAUAAUUGGGCAGGUUUUUAUAGAUUUUGUAUUAAAGAAAUGGAAAGCGAGAAAAGAAAAGCUUCUAACUCCCCCCCCCCUCCGUGAGCGAACAAAACCAUUAGAAAAAUCGCCAUUUUUUGACCAAAAACCCCACCCUCCGUGAGUGAACAAAAAUUUUUUUAAUAGAAAAAAUUUUAAUGGAAAAAAAAUUUUGAUAUAUAAGUGAUAAUUAGUAUAAUGAAAUCUAGAGCUAAUUCUGUUUAAUUUUAAACAAAUUGCGUUUUAAAACAUAAAUUUUGCAAAUUAAAUUAAUAUUUGCUUCCCAAUUUUUGCAAAUUAGGAUUGUUUUAAAUUUCGAAAAAAAAUAUUUUUUAUAAAAUUUAUAUAUAAAUUUUUUUUAAAAAAAAAAAAUUAACCCCCCUCCGUGAGCGAACAAAAUUUUUUUGUUCGCUCACGGAGGGGGGGGGGAGUAAGUAAAGACGACGUAGAUUUGGGAAGCACAAGUAAGCCUCAAGCCUAA